AUGUAUCCAUUAUUUGAAGGAAAUGUUGACGUACAAAACGAUAAUUUUACUUAUUCUAUAAGCGAGAGCUGCUUCGAAAUUCAAUUGAAUGUAAGUUUUUUAUUCUACUUUUAUAAUUUUAGGUAACAGCAAUUUACAAUAGUAAAAGUAAAAAAAGCAUAGCUUAAUGUGUAUAUUUAGGUAGUCAAAAGCGAUGACGUAGCAAAUCUGAGUGUCAAUGUAAAGCCAGAAGAUGACGAUGGUUAUGAAUUGUUGGUUAGCUACGGAGUAGUUGUCAAUGGCACAGGAAACUAUGUAAGUUGGACAAAUAGUGUUUCACAUUAUGCCUCUUCUACUUUUCAAAAAGUAUGUCAUUAUAGUAAAAAUUGUCGAAUGGAAAAAAUAUGUGUAAGUAAUAUAGUUUAAUUCCAGGUUGAUUUCGACCUAUGGAAGGUAGAAGAACAAGUUUUUAGUCUUCCAUUGAGUUCAACUGAAAAUCAAAUAAAACUAGAAGUUGAAGUACAUGAAAUAUUAUCAUCAAAGUCCAUCGACAAGCCGGGUCCUCACAGAAACUUUCGGGUUUUGGUACGUCAAUAUUUUCUUCCUUUUAUCAUUAAUAUGGAGGUUUGUAUUUAUAAGAUGAACCUUCUAUUUCAUUGUGUAUGUUUAUGUUGAAUUCAAGGGCUUAUAGAUAAUAAUUUUAGACUAAAAAUGGGGAAUUGUAUGUGAAUGCCACAUGGCUAAAAGAGAAUGUGGGCGGAAGCUUGUUUUCGGACUGGUACUUACGCGAAUGUCAAGGAGAAUCGACAGUAGUACCGACCAAUAUUGGUGAAAAUGAACUAGAAAUCCUUCUGAAGGCUGUGUGUUCGUACUCUAGAAUUAUUGUAACAAAGUAAGUUCCAGAAUCUUAAUCGAAUCAUCUUUUUUACCAAAAAAUUUACUAGUACCUUUAGGCGAUCAUUUGAUGUUCUACUCGACGUGGCAUGGAAUUUUAAAAUGGUAUACCUUCUACGUGCUAUCGAACAUUAUCUUCAACAAGCCAGAUCUGUUCACAAUAUGGAAAAAUUGAUAUUCGCGUACAAGUACAAGUUUGCCAUGUUGGCCACUGCAAUCUUGGCACCGCUGGAUUCGUUGGAACGAAGAAAAGAAGCUUUAUACGGAUACCUGGAGGAGAAAUCAUUGACUGAAAUCCCUCAUGAACUACUGGAAAUGCUCGAUCUUUGA